UGUUAAUGUGCCGAGGGAAGGCAAUACAAGAUUUUAAAGGUCCAGAUUGUCGCUUUGUAAAUUUUAAGAAGGGAGAAGCUGUGUACGUAUAUUACAAACUAAUAGGAAAAUCAACGGAGCUGUGGGCUGGAAGUGUUGGAAGUGAUUUUGGAUAUUUCCCAAAGGAUUUACUUGAAAUAAAUCACAAUUAUUCCAAUGAGGAGCUAGAAUUGCCAACAGAUGAAACAGACUUUGUUUGCUUUGAUGGCGGAAGGGAUGAUUUUGAUAAUUACAAUGUGGAUGAGCUUUUGACGUCAUUGCGAGAGACAAUAGCAAAUGAAGGGGAAACUGAAUCAAGUGAUCCAGGGACAAAACCAGCUGGAGGAGCCGAAAGGGAUGAGGAGAUUGAACAGGUUGAUACAGUGAAGUCCCUUGAUGAUUUGGAGAUGGACAAUCUUGAGCUAAGCACAGGAGAAGACAAAGAAGCCCUCGCCAUGACAGAGGAAGUAGGCAGUUCUCUUACAGAAGGAACUGAAAAUACUGGAGGAGACUCCAGUGUCAAUAGUCACGAAGAAAACUCUCAGGGAGAUCAAAUUGCACAUGAGCACUUGAAAGGGAUGCUACAUGGGAAACUAAAAGGGCUAGAAAGUGAAAAUACCAAAAACACUAGUAUUCCUCAGGGUGAAACCAGCCAACUUGACAAAGAGAAUGAAGAAGUCAAUGCCUACACACUUUUAAACAGAGAGCUCUCUGUGAACUUGAAAACAAAAUUUGGCUCAACUGCUGAUGCUGUUGUAUCAGACGAUGAAGUGACUCGCCUUGUUACAUCGCUGGAAGAUGAUUUUAAUGAAGAUUUGAGCAUUAAUGCUGCUGAUGCAGAGGAGGAGCCAGACUUUGCAGAUCAGUCUGAAGAAAUCCCUUUGCUGUCUUUUAUGUCAGAGGAAGAAAAUACGUCCCCAGCGGAUUUAGAUGAGGAAACUGAUGACCUUGAGUCACAAAAUUACGAACCUGGUGAAGAUGCAAAUGGUGCUACAGAGCUAAACAACCAAAGAGACAAUGAGGAAGAACCAGAUUCAGAUGCAUUCGUUCUUAAGGAUGCCUUCAGUAAGAGCAAGAAGUCGGGUCAAAGUGCAAGUGUGGACAGGUCCGAAUCUAAACAAGCAAAAGAGAAACAGGAUGAGGUGAUGCUCAUCAGUAAAAGAGAAGCACCAGCAACAACUCAGCCUGAGGUUCUCUCCAAAGAACUCCUUAGAAAGGAACCUAUAGGUACAGGUGAUCUGGGUUCAAAAGAAAAAACAAACAAAACUGAAGAGUUUGAAGAGCAGCUCACAGUUGAUGUGAGCAUAUCAGAGUCACGUACUGAAGAGCUGAAGAGUACAGCUGUGCCUGAUUCUCAUGUUUUGCCUAGCCCAGAGGAUGAUCUGGAGUACAAAUCAUUUGUUAAAAGCAAGCAAGAUGCUUUAAAAUCACCUGUUGGUGAUAUCAACGGAAGUCCAGAAAGAGCGCUUCUUGCUCAAACAGAGGAAGAUGAGAAAAAGUUUGAGGCUGACACCUUGGAAGAGCUCUUGGAAAGGGAUUUAAAGGACAAAAGGUUAUGGGAGAAAACAAAGGAGAAAGGAAGAGCUGAGGACAAGCCUUCUGUUGAUGUUCUAGCCAAACCAGUGGAAGACGUAAAAACUGCAUCUGAAGGUGACUUAGGAGAUACUGACCUCUUGAAAGAGAAACUGGAGCAUGGAAUGCCUGCUGUGGAGAAAGAACUUCUAAGACAUGAAGAAGGUUUGAAACAAACAGGGGAGACCAAUCAUGAAAGUCAGAAAACCACCUCUCUUAACACAGAAUCUGAAAUAAAAAGAAGAAACGUGAAAGAAACCCCUGCAGGGGAGGGAGACAUAAGCCAUAGAGGAGCUGUUGAGCAGCCUAGGCCAUGGGAGAAUGAGACUGAGUAUUCAGAGGCAGAUGUGAAAGAAGAGCUUUCCAGAAAUCUUGGCAAGAUGACAGUAUUUGAAGAAAGCACUGAGGAAAGUGCCCCUGAAGAAAUAUCGAAAAGCAUUACACAGAAUACUAAUACAGAGAAUCUUACCCAGCAAGGAACUGCCCAUCCUGAGGAUGCAGAUUCAGAUGGAAAUCUUGGCACAAAUUUAGCUAAAGACAGAACACCAAGACCAGAACUGCAGUCUGAGGAGCCAGAUGCUGAAGACAACCCUGACCUGAAACAAUUAGAGGAAGAGCUGCUGGAAGAUGAGAAUGCUGCAAGUGCAAAGCUGUCGCAAGCAAGGGCUGCAAAUGUACAGGGUCAUGCACUAGAUGUUAGAAGUACCAACUCUGAAUUAGAAGUGCUAAGUGACGCUGUUUUGGGAUCUGCAAAUCCUACUUACGAAACAGGAGAGGAGACAAACUCAUUUCCUAAGGAGGCUAAAAAAACGAUCGGAAUGCAAGAUGCAAGUGAGACUGGGAACAAAGAGGUUGCUGUGCCAGUGAGUGAAGAUGCUGAAUUGGAUGAGAUGGAACAUGUCAUGGAAGAUGACGAAGAGUUUUCUGAAGCUGGGGAAGAACAUAAUUUCCAAUCUCCUGACACAGAAGACGACAAUGACUUUAACCAAAGGAAAGACCAUCUCCCAGAGGGCGUUUCACAGAAAAACUCAAAAGAGGUGCAAAAUUUGGAGCAUACAAGCAAUGACCACCAGCAAUCCGCACGUUUCCCCAGCCUUGCAGACCGCUCAGCAGCCUCAAAUGACACUGUAACAGACUUCAGCGAGUCUGUGAAGCGUCUCACAAUAAUUAGAGAUUUUCUUGAUGAAAAGCGUGUAAUACGUCUACAAAAGUACCUCGGGUUUGAACACGUGGUUAGGAUAGAAGCCAUGUUUCAUGACAUGAAGGUAGAGAUGGAGCUUGCUCAGAAGGCAAGCCAUAAUAACGAAGAUGUAGAAAAAGCCUUGGACCAGAUACUUGAGUUUUCAGAAUCGAGCAUUAUGGAUGUCGUGGGAAAAGUUCUGGAUUCCAGAGUGGCAGAAAAUAAAGAGGAGGUGGUGAAAGAGAUGGAUUUGUAUGAUGAGGAGAGUGCACUGAUGGACGAUAUUCAAGAAUUAAUAUAUUCUUUAAGGAGUAAAUAUUCAUCUGCUAGUGAGAGUGUCCCACUUGCAUCUAUUGCAGAACAGGAAGAUGAUCACCUGCACAUUCAAGAUGGUGCAAAAGAGGAUGAAUAUGACGGAGUUUCCAUCAGAAACCCAAAUGCCAUUGAUGAGAGCAAUCAGGAGUUUCAGCAGCUUGAUGAUAAGAGGCCAGAACAGCCUGUUGACGAGAAGGAGGAGAGGGCUGUUAGUGUUCCACCCGAGCACGAAGAGGCCAACUUCUUGGAUAAUAGAGAAACUGAAGAAGGGUACCGUAGUGAAAGAGGAUCGCUGCUGGAAGAUACUUCCUUUGGGUCAAUUGAUUCAGGACAGAGUGCGAGGGAAGACAUUGCUGCAG